AUGUCUCGGGUCUCAGAUAUUGGUACGCCAUCGGAAGCUAACGAGGCCAUCGGAGGCGUUCCUACACUACACUACCUUGAUUUUCUUUCUCGCGGGCGCGGUGAAGUCCUUCGCCUCUUCUUUGAGGAUGCGGGGAUUGCGUUCAAGGACCAUCGGAUUGCAUUCGAAGACUACAAUGCCCAAGUCAAAUCGGGUGAAAUCGCGAAACUCAAGUAG